GAUUAUACAUUUUAAUAAUGAAGUGAAAUUAUUUUAAAUUUAUUUAUAAUUAACCAUUUGGGAUCAAAAUUUCAAAUUUAAUGUGGAAUAAACAGAUGCUCAGUAGAUGGGAAUCAGAAUAAGAAGACCAAGGUUUGUUGUAAAAAGAUGGUCGGCCGUGGCGGUGUGGUCAUGGAGAAUGUCAGUAGAUAAUUGCGCUAUUUGUAGGAAUCAUAUUAUGGAUCACUGUUUAGACUGCCAGGCCAAACAUAACAAAGAAUCUCAAGAUAUUACAGAGCAACCAGGAUGUACUAUUAGUUGGGGAGCUUGCGGUCACGCAUUUCAUCUACAUUGUAUCUCUACAUGGCUCAAAACCAGACGUGUGUGCCCACUGGACAAUACACAGUGGGAUUAUAGACCAGAUGGAUUAUAAAUAAAUUUAAAAAUCAUUUUAAAAUCAUUUUAAUUGUAUUUUACC